CUCAUUGGCUGAAACUGCCUGACCCUGCGCAGUCUAAAUUCAGACAGUCUGUUUUGAAACAGGCUGUGAGUCGGCUGCCGUAUAGUCCGCGCACUCGUUGAUAAGAGUUUUUUUUUCCACCUCUCUCUGGACUUUAAUCCGGUUGCUCUUCGUCUCCUGGACUCUGGUUGAAGGUUUACAGUUCUCCACUGGGACCUCUGGGUGACGGAGGAGACCAGGUUCAAGUCCCACUUCAUAACCGCGACCAGCUCCAUCUGCAAUCUUCCCCAUGAUGAGGAUUUACCACACUGUCAUCAGUGGAUGAGACCAUAGGCUGUAUAUAAAAAGAUGAGACACUGCCAGCACUGAUCACAUAACUAUCAUACAUAAGCUCUGUCUCCUCUCACAGGGAGAAGAUGAUCUGCUGGAUCCUGCUGCUCAUCAAACUGACCUCCUGUGUCUGUGCAGGAACAUUUGUAGUGAAUGUGACACAGACCUCCUAUCAGGCAGAGGAGAACCACCACAUCACACUGGAGUGGACCUUCACCACCACAACUCACCGCUCUCUGGACUCUGUUUCUAUCCUCUGUGAACUGAUCCUUGAUCAGAAAACCUCAGUCCUGUUUCAUCUCCAUGAGGGUGUUGAGGUCUCAGAGUCUCAGGAUGAAGAGUUUUCAGGACGAGUCCAGUUUGACAAAGACGUCCUCAGAGAAGGACGAAUCAGACUUCAUGUGUCCAGACUCAGGACUGAGGACUCAGGUCUGUACCUGUGUGAGGUCACCACAGAGUCCGGUUCAAGCUCUAACAAAUGUCGAGUCAACGUCACUGCAGCUGUUGAUCAGCCUGAACCUCAGAGACCAACUGACAGACCAGGACCAGAGAGUCUAGGAUGGAUCAGCCUCUAUGUUGGACUGGGAGCAGCAGCAGCAGUUCUACUGGUUUUCAUUCUUGUAGUCUGCUGUGCUCGCCACUUAACUAAAUCUAAUAAUAAGAGACAAAUCUGGAGUACUGUAGAGGUUAAGUCCACCAGGUCAAAAAGGACUCUGUCUGGUGGACUUAACUGACUGUUGUCUUCUAUCGAUC